AGUUGAUUCAGGCACUCACACACCGCUGAUACGUUGUGCGCUUUCCAGUGGUUGUGAAGUGUGAAGAGAGACAACAAAACAAGCUUUGAAAAUACAUAGGAUUUUUGGUCCCGGCUUUGAGUUUUGGCCAUAUCUGAAAGUGCGGCGGACGCUGGCUAAAGCAGAGUGGACAGAGGGACUGUCCCUGCGGCCUACAUGAAGGAAAGGGAGGGGGAGGGGGGGGCCGGUGACCACAGCUCAGACCUUCCCCACUCACAGGCUGCUUUUAUGAUUGAUGAGGAUACACAAGUGGAUUUGCCCAACACUAACGAACGAAUUCCACAGCGUCCACUGUGAGAGGGAAUUUGAUGGCUUCCAGGUAGAGCGCAAGAGGCUGCGAUCAAGAUGAACUCCAUGCCAUCGAUGGACAGGCACAUCCAGCAGACCAACGACAGGCUGCAAUGCAUCAAACAGCACUUACAGAAUCCGGCAAACUUCCAGACGGCGGCGACCGAGCUGCUGGACUGGUGCGGAGACCCGCGAGCGUUCCAGCGGCCGUUCGAGCAAAGCCUGAUGGGAUGCCUCACGGUGGUGAGCCGUGUAGCUGCACAGCAAGGCUUUGAUUUGGACCUGGGCUACCGGCUACUGGCCGUGUGCGCGGCCAACAGGGACAAGUUCACCCCCAAGUCCGCAGCGCUGUUGUCGUCCUGGUGCGAGGAGCUUGGGCGCCUGCUGCUGCUGCGGCACCAGAAGAACAGGCAGAGCGAGCCCCAGGGCAAAGGGCCCAUGCAGCCGCCCAUCAACUCCAUGAAGCCGCCCCUGUCGCACAGUGAUGGCUCCUUCCCUUAUGAUUCUGUUCCCUGGCAACAAAACGCCAACCAAGCCCCUGGGUCUUUGUCUGUAGUGACCACCGUGUGGGGUGUGACCAAUACAUCUCAAAGUCAGGUCUUGGGCAACCCAAUGGCAAACGCUAACAACCCCAUGAACUCUGGAGGGAAUAGCAUAGGCUCAGGCAUGGGCGCUAACAACCCAGGCAUGAACGCACAGUUCCCUGGGCAGCAGCAGCAGUUCCCAGCCAAAGGGGGCAACAACCAGGCCUACAUGCAGCAGGGCAUGUACGGGGGGCGACCGGGACACCCGGGACACCCGGGCGGAGGGGGCUUCAGUGGGAGUUACCCAGGUGGUCCCAAUGCUCCCGGUGGGAUCGGCAUGGCCCCGCCCACCCAGCCAGCUGCUGCUGCCGCCGCCGCCGCUGUCGCCGCCGCCGCCGCCACGGCAACCGCCACAGCAACCGCUACCGUGGCCCUGCAGGAGACGCAGAACAAGGACAUGAACCAGUACGGACAGAUGUGCUCGUCCUUCCAGAUGGGCCCCACGCAGGGCUACAGCAACCAGUUCAUCAGCCAGCAGGGCCCCCGAGGACCCCCGUCCAUCGCGGGGGGCAUGAACCCGGCGGGCAUCAACGCGGGCAUCAACAACGCCAACAUGAGCGGGGCCCCCAUGGGCAUGAACCAGCCCCGAGCGCCUGGCAUGGCGCCCUUCGGCGGCCACGGCCAGAGGAUGCCUCAGCAGGGCUACCCGGGCCCCCGGACGCCCACCAUGCCCAUGCAGGCCAUGAAGAGGCCCUACCCAGGGGAGCCAAACUACGGAGGUCAGCAGUUUGGACCAAACGGCCAGUUCCCCAAUCAGCAGGGCCAGUACUCCAAUCCCAACGCCGCCAGGGCCCUGCCCUCGCCCAACUACCCCGGGCAGAGGAUGCCCGUCCAGCAGGGCGCUGGCCAGUACCCCCCGGGCGGAGUGGCCAUGAGCCAGUACUACAAGCAAGAGCAAUUUAAUGGGCAGAACAACAACUUCCCCGGUGGUGGAUACUCCUACAACCAAGGCAAUGGGCCUCCACGACCGGUGGGCAACUACCCCCACUCUCCAGUCCCUGGGAACCCCACCCCUCCCAUGACCCCGGGCAGCACCAUCCCCCCCUACCUGUCCCCCGGCCAGGACGUCAAGCCGCCAUUUCCUCCAGACAUGAAACCAAACGUCACGCUCCUGCCCCCACACCCAACCAACCCCAACGAGGAGCUGCGCCUGACCUUCCCCGUGCGGGACGGCGUGGUGCUGGAGCCCUUCCGCCUGGAGCACAACCUGGCCGUCAGCAACCACGUGUUCCACCUGAGACCCUCCGUCCACCAAACGCUCAUGUGGAGGUACGGACACCACCACCACGCCCCGCACUCAGGGUCUGACCUGGAGCUGCAGUUCAAGUGCUACCACCACGAAGACCGGCAGAUGAACACCAACUGGCCCGCCUCCGUGCAGGUCAGCGUCAACGCCACGCCGCUCACCAUCGAGAGGGGCGACAACAAGACCUCGCACAAGCCCCUCCACCUCAAGCACGUGUGCCAGCCCGGCAGGAACACCAUCCAGAUCACUGUCACCGCCUGCUGCUGUUCGCACCUGUUUGUGCUGCAGCUGGUCCACCGGCCGUCUGUGCGCUCCGUCCUGCAGGGGCUCCUCAAGAAGAGGCUGCUGCCCGCAGAGCACUGCAUCACCAAAAUCAAACGGAACUUCAGCAGUGUGGCAGCCUCCUCUGGGAACACCACUCUGAAUGGGGAGGACGGCGUGGAACAGACCGCCAUCAAAGUGUCCCUCAAGUGUCCCAUCACCUUCAGACGGAUCCAGUUACCGGCGCGGGGGCACGACUGUAAACACGUGCAGUGCUUCGACUUGGAGUCGUAUCUGCAGCUGAACUGCGAGAGGGGGACGUGGCGGUGUCCUGUCUGCAAUAAAACCGCGCUGCUGGAAGGCCUGGAGGUGGACCAGUACAUGUGGGGAAUUCUCAAUGCCAUCCAAAACUCGGAGUUCGAAGAGGUCACCAUCGACCCGACGUGUAGCUGGCGGCCGGUCCCCAUAAAGUCGGACCUCCACAUCAAGGAGGACCCCGACGGGCCGCUGGCCAAGCGCUUCAAGACCAUGAGUCCGAGUCAGAUGACCAUGCCCAACGUGAUGGAGAUGAUCGCCCAGCUGGGCCCUGGACCCUCGCCCUACUCCUCGCUCGCGCAGCAGCACCAAGCCAACAGCGGCGAGUACGCCGGCCAAGGCAGAGGCAACAGUUACCAGGGCCACGGAAACUUUGACUUCCCCCAUGGCAACCCGUCCGGCGGAGCGCCCAUGAAUGACUUCAUGCACGGCCCCCAGCUGUCGCAUCCACCUGAGGGGCCCAACAACCUCAUGGGCCCCGACAAGCCCCUCGCUCAUGCCAUGCCUGACUCGAUGGCUCACCCAGGCAGCACUGAUCCGUCCCACGCUUCCAUGCAGCAGCAGCAGAGCUUGCACGCGCCGCCUCACCCCGGCAGCCAAUCAGCACAGUCGCUGCACCACAGCGGCCCGCCCUCCUCCCAGCCCCAGCCGCCGCCCACGCGCCAGGUCCCGCCCAAUCAGCAGCAGCCGCAGCCGCUACCCUCCAGCCUUAACAGCCAAUCGCAUGGCAGCGAGCUGACCUUUCACCCCUCGGAAGGGCAGGCUGGGGGCCAGGGAGCAUCAGACAUGCCCGAGCCCUCGCUGGACCUGCUCCCGGAGCUGGCCAACCCGGAGGAGUUACUGUCAUACCUGGACCCACCUGACCUCCCGAGCAACAGCAACGACGACUUGCUCUCUCUCUUUGAAAACAACUGAACCCUUGCGGAAAGCACGUCAAAAAAGGACGUCAGAGUGUGUGUGUGUGUGUGUGUUUGUGUGAGCACUCAACGGAGGACAAACAAACUGUAAAGUACCAUAGUGUAAACACAGCCACGCACACACACACACACACACUCACGCUCAAACACACAUGUACAGUACAGGACACACGUUCUCCUCUGCACCUCAUUGUGUAAAUAUCUCCUUCUUACUUUUUUCUGAGCGUCUUUUUGACACAUAUGACAGCCAUGUUGGUUGGCAGUAAGUGAUAUCUUUGAAAUACUAAUAUGGAAACUGUGCAGCUAUAUUUAGUUCAUAUGUACGUCACACACAACGGUGUGUGCUCAUUAGGAAAAAAAAGUCUUGUAGCAUUUUUAUUCUUGUUUUCCUUUUGUGAAAAAAGAACGACAAACUGAAAGACAAACAAAAUGUUUUUUUUUUUUUUUUCUGUUUUUUUUUCCCUUGUGUUGGCCCAAAUCUCUUUGGAAUUUUGUUCUUCCAAGCUUUACCACCACAGCUUCCCAACCCAGAUGUACGGCUCCAAUCGAACGCCAGCACGGGUCACUCAUCCAAGUUAUUUUGGGGGGGGGGGAGGGAAACAUAUAAGCACAACAACAAUACGCAAAAACCACAAGAGAAAGGACACUGAUGGGGCAAAUUUGAAAGGGAAAAAACUUGCAACACAAUCAGAACAACUGCCCUACAACUGCCCUCUCGAUGACGCCCUGUGCUCUGACACGGACGACCAAUCAGAUGCUCUCCAUUACCAUCUGUCCCGCCCCUCCCUCCUCACAGCAUUGUGUAGUCUUAGGCUAUGGUAAAGGUGUUUCUUCUCAAAGGUAAAUAUGUAAAUAGACCUAUAUAUAUUUUUUGUGAACAGAAUCAUACCUCCACCACUUUGAAUCAAUGACAUCAAUCCAAGUCAAGGCUGUUGUUUGUUUUGUUUCCACUUCUUUAAGUGUUGUUCUACCAGACGUUGGUCUGAAACAUUGGAUCAUUGCUAUGUCAGUGUCACUUUGCAGCAGUCAACACAUCCAAAGCUUUUAGCCAUGCAGUGUGUCAGUCAUACUGGUUGGGAAAGUGUGGGUGGUCAGCAGACAUGAAAUAUAAUUACGGCCAAUCAAAUUUGGAAGCCCAUAUCAACUCUGGAGGGACUGUCCAUCUGAGGUGAUUUGAUUCUGUUGAAUGACACUAUGGCAUCCAUGUUCCAAUUGUGUUCCCUUGCUAACACUGGUAGACCUUUUAUUUAUACUACCCUUUAUCCUUCACUUUGUUUUCACCCUCAACUUGUCAAUCAUUACGUUUGUAAUUUGCAUAAUGUAUUUUCAUUUUCAAUCUUGUAAUCAUUCUUCUUAGUUUGUCUUAUCUGAUAGUGCUGCAGAAAUCGAGAGUUCUUUUGGAAACGGUCAUGGUUAUACCAAAGUUAGCCCACAGGUGAAUGAGCCAAUUCAGUCAUGAAGCACAGUGACUAAAGUGUUUCAUAUUUUCUUUUUUAAUGUGACUAUUGUGGCACCCCAGUCAUUUUUUAAGUGCUCCUACGUUAGAUUGGAGGAUGAACUGUAGGGGUAGUGAGGUGAGUGCAAUAGUUAUAUUUUGAAUCUAUUUAUUGCAGUAGGUACCUCGGGUGACUACUGCUGUCUUUAUCGUCAGAUAUAGUCACAUUCCUACCAAGUCCUACAACAGUACUCUUCAUAUUCAUGUGUGCGUGCAAACACACACACACACACACACAUCAGAAUGCAUGAAACAGUCCUUUUUUCUCCCCGUUUUGUCUUCACUGAAGUCCAGUUUUAUAUGUUUUAAGUUUGCCAUUCAAAGUUAUUUUUUAGUUGGAAAGUGAUUCCUUUCAAAUAUCACUCCCUGGGGUCACUGAAAUGUUUGCCUUUUUCAGAUUUGUAAUUCAAAUGUAGCUUGUCAAUCAGUCAAGAGUAUUUAUAGCCAUUUUCAGAAAUUGCUGUUGAUUUUUAUAAACUUUAUUGGUAUUCACAAAGGUCUGAUGUUUUGCUUAACAAAAUGCAUCAUAAUUCACGUUUUCUAUCUACUUUUGCAACAUUAUUGACCCAUUUUUUAUUUUUUUUAAAUCGUAUCCCUGUUUUCAGAUAUUCAUGCUUUUAUGAAUAUAAGAGGGCAAUAUGAUUUGGUUUACAUUUAGAUUUCAUUGAAUUGAAAUAUUGAAGUCCUUUUGGCACUGUAGCACGAUUUCAGUGAUGAUCAUAAAGUGAUUUUCAUGUGCAGUCUACCUGAACACAUGCAUAUUCUUGUGUAUUCAUUUGGUGUGUUUUUUUCGUUUGUUUGUUUGUUUGUUUGUUUGUUUGUUUUGUAUCAACAAUGCACUGCCACAUGUUUGUUUUUUUCCCCCUCUAGUCACUUAUUGACAUGAUGUCUGCAGAAACACCUUGUUCACAUUGUGGUUUCAGUUGUUUGAAUUCUGUCGGCCUUUCACAUGCUGUAGUUGUAUAGUCAUUGAGAAGACAAGAGGACCGGGCCGAGAGAGACGUGACCAGUGUCACUAGUAAGAUCCAGCGGUGGGAUGCCAGAAGAGACGUAAGAGUCCACUCGUCUUGGCCAAUAAAGGGGACAGUAAAAGACGUGGCAGAAGGGGGGGGGGGUUGUGAAAGGGAUGGGUGUACAUAUGUAAAUGAUGAAUAGAGACACGUUAACAAGAAAUGUAUUCAUUUUCCCCAGGGGAAUAUGCAUUGUGUAUUUAGAAUUUGUAAAGCUUGCAUCCUCCUAUCAAGACUCGAAUUUUUUGGGUUAAAUAAAUUCUGUGUUUGUUUGCGUGUGUGGAAUCUCUUCAGCGUUUGUUUCACAUAUGUAUAAUACUACGAUCCCCUCCUCUCAAGGAAGGGGAAGCCGAGCGAGGGGGGGAUCAAACGAAAGACAUUUGUUUAAACCGGUCUGUAAUAUUUAGCUUUCGUGUAUUGCUCCAUUACCUGUGUACUUUAUAAGGUGCUACAAAAAAUGUAAUGAAGAAAAUCCUGGGGGAAAAUCAGGAAGUUAGGGACGUGGGGCCUGAAUGGGUUCCAAAAGAUUGUAACCAAAUCCAUAGUUUGUACAAUUUUUACCUUGAUCAGAGUCACUAUAAAGACAGGGGAGGAGCUCAGUCGAUUGGCGCCAAAUGUGGCAGUUGUCUUUCCGUUUGUACAUUCUGUGUACAAUCAUUUCAUAUUCUAAAAAGGUCAGAACACAGAGAGAAAAAAAACACUAAUUGUGAUUUUUAGUCUUGCAGAACUGUAUGUAGUUAGAUGAUGUGACAUCCUAAUAUUUAUCUAAUAAAUAUGUAUUCAGAUGAAAUGUG